UUACUUUUAUCUAUACAAAUGGCGGAAACUGCAACACUGAGAGGUUUUCUGGACUCCAGUCCGGCGAAGAGAGACGUCGCCAACAAGGAGAACGACGUUCCUGUUUUAAGUUUGGUUCAGUUUUCAAAGGCUCCCUUUGUGACAUUUGGAGCAGUAAAGGUGGGGACCUCGAAGUCGACUGUUCUGCGGAUUGAGAACCCCACGGAGGAUGCAGAAGUGGAGGUUACCGUUGAGAAGAUCCCCUCCAGUAAAGGCUUUUCCGUGGACCACAACAGGUUCACGAUACAGCCAGAUGAUUCAUUCGAUUUGACAGUGACAUGGACUCCAGCAGAAGAAGGUGGGAUCAGGGAGCUCCUCAUCUUCAACGUCAGCGGCGUCGUGAAGCACCAGGCUGUUUUGCUCGGGAGAUCAGAAGCACCGAAGAAGAAAAAGAAGAGCUUGUGGGAUACGAUCAAAAACAAAAGAGGGGCUGAAAAUGCCAUUGCACCGAGGAGGAAGGCGGUGGAUCCCCCCCUGAAGAUGGCUGCAAAUAAAACGUUCCAGGUGUCCCGAAAACCACAAUACAAACGGGACAAGCCCCGCAGCCCGCUUGCCUCGCUUAACGAGGGCAAAUCUGUCAGACAGAGGUCCCACUCGAAGCUCAGCUCCACAAGCCUGAAAUCGGAGGAGAAGAAGGCUUUUAUCCCCAGCCAAGAGCAUCAGACUUUCUCCUUAUCAGACCAGGAGAACGUCCAUCAAAUUCAGAGGAACUCUCCUCUCGUCUUACUUGUCCCGGCCGCGGAAGUAGACUCUGGUAAUGUGUCCGCGAGCCCAGGCGCCCUGGCAGAAAAACCUGAAAACAGAGAGCUUAGCAAAAUUUUCAACAGGACAAUGUCACCUAUCGGGACCCCAGAGAGGUUUAAGAAGCUGAUGCCUCGCGUUCAGUCAGAAAGCCCACUUCCCACCACUGUAAAGUCUGCAGCUCCUGCCCCGGCUCUGUCUUUGAAGGACGCACUAACCAUUAUCGACUCGGAUUUGAGCAACAUCAACAGCAGUCCCCAAGACACCAGCUCAAGGAGCGACUUUUCAGAUUCACUGGAAUCCAAGAGUGGGAUGUACGGCGGCAGACCUGACACGGAUGUCCUCACAUAUUUCCUUGAAAGUCCAGAGCAGUCGAGCUCCAGUGAGCCAAGACUUACUUUCUUUGUCAGUAAAAAUUCGGCUGCGAAUGAGGCUGUUGAUGUAGGGGAAGAAAAGGUAAAAAAGACUUCUUUUACCUCUGUCACAGUGACCAAGAGCAAAGCACCAGUGGAGGAAAACAGCUUCAGCGGAAGGAAAAUAAAGAAGUCACGGCGGAGGCUCUUGGAGAAAACACUUGAGCUGUGUGACGGCAGCAUUCAUAGUGAGUCUGGACCAGGAACACCAAGCCUUCCUGUUAUAGACGCAGGAACCGGCCUCUGUGAUGAGUUUACCUCCUCCAGCCCGACUCCUUCACCUGCACCCAUCACCUUCCCAGUCUCCACCCCUCCGUCCAUGGCUCCGUCUCGCUUCUCUUUCUCAGUCACCUCUCCGCCUCCUUCUGUCCCCUCUCCCCUCACUUUUACCGUCACCUCUCCUUCGCCCGUGGGUUCGUCUUCUCCUUUUCACCAGGACCUCCUAUUGAACUCGAACGUUUUUGAGGGGCCCCCGGCUUUUUCAGAACCUCUCUCCGUUCAGGAAAUGUUCCCCAUACAUGUGGCGACAAAGAGCAAGAAGAGGAAGAGUGAGGAGUACCUAAAGAGUGACGGGAAGAUUGAGGAUGUCGGGAAAACGGAGCGGGUCAAAAGGAGCAGGGUGGUCGCCGGAAAAACCGACCAUUCACGGCCAGUCCAGGAAAAGAGGGGCGCACCACAGCGGCAGAGAGCAGCAGGCUCUGCGAUGAAUACAUCAUCUCUAAAGACUUCGAGGCCUGCUGUUCCAGCUCAAGCCAAGCGACCAACCUCCAAAGUCAUCUCUCGAGGCGCAGCAUCUCUAAAGACAUCAGCCACUCCAUCUAUGAAGAUGGCAAAAGUGAUGGCUGUCGCGCAGUCAAAGCUGACUUUUGUCAAGCCUUCACAAACUGCUAUACCCAGACACCCAAUGCCCUUUGCUGCCAAGAACAUGUUCUACGACGAGAGGUGGAUCGAGAAGCAGGAGAGAGGAUUCAGGUGGUGGAUCAACUACGUCCUCACUCCAGAUGACUUCAAAGUCAACACCGAAGUCGCUAAAGUGAACGCCGUGUCUCUUGCCAUGGGCACCGACGAGAAGUUCAGCGUGCCCAAAGCACCCACCAAAGAGGAGAUGUCUUUCAGCACCUACACGGCCAAACGGAAGCUGAACCGCCUCCGCCGCUCUGCCUGCCAGCUGUUCACCUCCGAGGCCAUGGUCAAGGCCAUCCAGAGGCUGGAGCUGGAGGUGGAGGCCAGGCGGCUGCUCGUCCGGAAAGACCGACACCUGUGGAAGGACAUAGGCGAACGCAAAAAAGUCCUCAACUGGCUCCUUUCAUACAAUCCGCUGUGGUUGCGGAUUGGCCUCGAGACGAUCUUCGGGGAGCUGAUCUCGCUCGAGAGCAACAGCGAUGCCCUGGGUCUGGCUAUGUUCAUCCUGCAGCGGCUGCUCUGGAACCCAGACAUCGCCGCGGAGUACAGACACGCCAGAGUGCCUAACCUCUACAAAGACGGCCACGAGGAGGCGCUGUCUCGCUUCACUCUGAAGAAGCUGCUGCUGCUCGUGUGUUUCCUUGACAAAGCCAAAGAGUCCCGGCUGAUUGAACACGACCCCUGUCUGUUCUGUGUGGACGCCGAGUUCAAGGCGACCAAAGACCUGCUGCUGGCCUUCUCCAGAGACUUCCUCAGCGGCGAGGGGAUCCUCCCCCGGCACCUCGGCUACCUCGGUUUGGCCGUCUCCCACGUUCAGACGCCCCUGGACGAGUUCAACUUCGCCGUGAAGAAUUUGGCCGUGGACUUGAAGUGCGGCAUUCGUCUAGUGCGUGUGAUGGAGCUCCUCGUCCAGGACUGGAGUCUGUCGCCGAAGCUCCGACUGCCGGCCAUCAGUCGGCUGCAGAAGGUCCACAACGUCGACGUCGCUCUGCAAGUGCUCCGAAGCAAAGGAGUCGACCUCAAGGACGACCACGGCUCUCUCAUAGAUUCAAGAGACAUCGUGGAUGGACACAGAGAAAAGACGCUUAGCCUCCUGUGGAAAAUCAUCUUUGCCUUUCAUGUGGAGGUGAUCCUGGACGAGGAGCUGCUCAGAGACGAGAUCGGCUUCUUGAACAGAACCCUGAGGAUCAAACUGAGGCUGGCGUCUCUGAGGGCCGACCGGGGCCCUCAGCCGAGUCCUGCAAAGACUCGAGGGACAUACGAGCACGGCAGCACCAAGAUAACCCUGCUGAUGGAAUGGGUCCGCGCCGUGUGCGACUUCUACAGCCUGAAGGUGGAGAACUUCACCGUGGCGUUCUCGGAUGGCCGCGUCCUCUGCUACCUCAUCCACCACUACCACCCCGGUCUGCUGCCAGAGACCUCCGUCAGUCACAGCACGACUCAGACCGUCGAGUGCUCACCGAGGGGCCGCCUGGAGCUCAACUGCUCAGCCAGCGACUCCGACAGCUCCUUCGACUUCUCUCCGACGGGUCUUAACGGUCCAGAUUCUCCAUCGCUGCAGUUUAAAGAGCUGCUGGAGAACGAGAAAAACAACUUCAGACUGGUCAACAAUGCCGUGUCCUUCCUGGGUGGAGUCCCAGCCAUGAUCAACCCAGCUGACAUGUCCAACACCAUCCCCAGCGAGAAGGUUGUGAUGUCCUACCUGUCCUUCCUGUGUGUUCGUCUGCUGGACCUGCGGAACGAAACCAGAGCAGCUCGGCUCAUCCAGGGCGCCUGGAGGAAAUACAGACUGAAGAAAGAUCUGCAGCUCUACCAGGAAAGAAAUAUGGCUGCUGCAAAGAUCCAGGCGAUGGUGAAGAGUUUUCUCCUGAAGUGCAGAGCUAAGAGGCAGAAUCGAGCUGCCAUUAUCAUCCAGUCAUUCUGGAGAUGUUACGCAGCCCGCAACAGGUUGAGGCUGAAGAAAGAGGCUCAGCUUCGUGCCAUUCAACACGAAGCAGCAACAGUCAUCCAGGCUCAGUGGAGGAUGUUUUCAGCCAGGAGAGCUUACCAGUGCCUCGGAUAUUACGCCAUUGUUGUCCAAGCACAAUGGCGAAUGAAGAGAGCGGCCUCUGCUUAUGGAAAAAUCUACUGGGCGGCAACAGUCAUUCAGAAGUACUCCAGAGCGUGGGCUCUUUCAAGGAAAGAUCGGGAACGCUAUCUCUUUCUCAGAGCUGCUGCAAUGAAGAUACAGAGAGCGUUCAGGAGAUGGAAAGCAAAGAAAACACAAAAGGAGAACUGUGCUGCAAAAGUGAUUCAAGCUGUGUUUAGGAAAUGGUACAAGGCAAAAAUGUCUGAAAGAUCUGCUGCUGCUGUAAGAAUUCAGUCUUGGUACAGGAUGCAGAAGUCUGUCAAUCGAUACAAAAAGAUUCAGAAAAGCGCUGUGCUCAUGCAAGCCUUGUACAGAGGCCAUGCACAGAGGCGCUGCUUUCAGAUGAUGAAGCUGCAGCAGCGCUCGGCCAUUGUCAUCCAAAGUGCCUUCAGAGGGCACGCCGUCAGAAAACAUGUGGCGAAGAUGAGAUGCGCUGCAGUCGUAAUCCAGCGCCGCUUCAGAGCUUCGGUGGCGAGAGACCUGGAACGGAAAAUGUUUGUGAGGAUGAGAUGUGCGGCGGUCACCUUACAGGCAGCUUAUCGUGGAAAAGCAGCUCGGGAGGCGCUGAGAAAACAGCACAAGGCAGCCACAGCCAUCCAGGCGGCUUUUAGGAAGGGCGCUGCCCAAAGGAACUACCUGGCCUUGAGAAAAGCCACAGCUCUGAUACAGCAGAAGUACAGAGCUGCAGUUUUAACGCAUAAGGCAAAGAGUGAAUAUGAUGCUCUUAGGAAUGCUGCGCUCACUAUACAAGCAAACUGGAGAGGCAGAACCAUUAGAAAGAGAAUAGAGAAAUUGCAUCAAUGUGCAACACUGAUACAGGCGUAUUAUCGUCGGUACAAAGUACAAGAAGAGUAUAGCGCUAAGAAGGCCGGAGCUGUAGUAAUACAGCAUCAUUACAGGGCCUUUGUGGCUGGAAGGGAGAUAAGGAAGGCAUACCUUCAGAAGAGAGAUGCCUGCAUUACUCUUCAAGCUGGAUUCAGAGGCAUGAAGGUCCGGACAGAGCAGAGGAAAAAACACCAUGCAGCAACUCUCAUUCAGUCCUUAGUUAGGAUGAUUUUAAGUAGGAAACGAUACUUUCUCCUUCAGAGUGCAGCGAUUAUCAUCCAAAGCCGAUACAGGGCUCUUCUUGUAUGCAGGGCGAAGCAGAUUGAAUUCAGAAAGCUAAAGCAGGCCACAGUAAAGAUCCAAGCUCUAUUCAGAGGAUUCAGAGUAAGAGAAGACCUCAAGAAGAGACACAAUGCUGCCAGAGCAAUCCAAGCUCAGUUCAGGAUGCACAGGAUGCGCAUGGCUUACCUCGCCGCCAAGUGUGCUGCCAUUAUUAUUCAGGAACGAUACAGGGCUAAAAGGCUCAGGGAUCAACAGAUGUGGAGGUACAGGACAAUGAAAUCUGCAGCUGUGGUCAUCCAGGCAGCAUACCGUGGAUGCAGAACCAGGAGAAAGAUUGCAGAGAUGCACCGAGCUGCUACAGUCAUUCAGAGAAAAUAUGUUUCAAUCCGACAAAGGAAGCAGUUCCUCGCCAUCAAGGCAGCAACAUUGGUUUGUCAGAGAAGGUACAGAGCAGCAACCCUGGCAAGAAAAGCCCGUCUGGACUAUCUGUUACAGCGCAGGGCAGCUGUUUGUCUGCAGGCCACCUACAGAGGAUACGAAGUCAGAAAGCAGCUGCGCAUCAAGCAUAUGGCAGCUGUAACAAUUCAGUCCCACUUCAGAAUGUACCAGCAGAGAACAAGCUACGAGAGGCUCCGCUGGGCUUCCAGUGUGCUGCAAGCACGUUACAGAGCGAACAAAAAAAUGAAAGCAGACAUGCAUGCUCUUGGAACCAGGAGAAGUGCUGCUGUUGUCUUACAAGCUGCCUACCGAGGAAUGAAGUCCAGACGAGUCCUCAAGCAAAUGCAUCAAGCAGCCGGUGUUAUCCAGAGAGCUUACAGUGCCCACUGUGAACGCAGACGGUAUCUUACUCUGAAAUCCUGUGUCCUCAAUGUUCAGAGAAGAUAUCGGGCCAAACUUGCAGCAAAGGAACAAAUGCAAAAAUACCAAAGAAUCUGCAAAGCAGCCAUCAUCCUUCAGGCAGUACACAGAGGACAUCAGGUCAGAAAGGAAGUAGCUCGUUGGCAUCGCGCUGCCACUGUGAUCCAGUCUGUCUUCAGAAAGCACAGAGAGGAAGUCAAGUUCCAGGCCAUGCGUCUGUCGGCCAUUAUCAUCCAGAGACGCUAUCGAGCUCUUGUUCUUCAGAGGAGAGACCAAGAAGACUUCCUGAAAAUAAAACGUUCUGCUGUCGUUCUUCAAGCAGCUUUCAGAGGUCAUAAAGUGAGGACAGACAUUGCCAAGAAGCACAGAGCAGCUGCUGUCAUUCAGGCAAACUUCAAGAUGUAUAAACAGCAGUCGGCCUUCAGGAGACUCCGCUGGGCCGCCUGUGUCUUACAGCAGAGGUUUAGAGCUCAGAGACAGAGUGACAUUGAUGCGAAACAAUUUCAAGAAGUUAGAAAAGCUGUUAUUAGUCUUCAGGCUGCAUAUCGUGGGAUGAAAUCCAGACAGAUGAUCAAACAAAUGCAUCAGACUGCAAGUGUUAUCCAGAGAGCUUACAGAGCCCGCUGUGAACGCAGACGGUAUCUUACUCUGAAAUCCUGUGCCCUCAAUGUUCAGAGAAGAUAUCGGGCCAAAGUUGAAGCCAAGACACAAAGGAAACAAUAUGAACAGCUCCGCAAGGCAGCCAUCAUCCUUCAGGCAGUGCACAGAGGACGUCAGGUCAGAAAGGAAGUAGCUCAUUGGCACCGCGCUGCCACUGUGAUCCAGUCUGUCUUCAGAAAGCACAGAGAGGAAAUUAAGUUCCAGGCCAUGCGUCUGUCGGCCAUUAUCAUCCAGAGACGCUAUCGAGCUCUUGUUCUUCAGAGGAGAGACCAAGAAGACUUCCUGAAAAUAAAACGUUCUGCUGUCGUUCUUCAAGCAGCUUUCAGAGGUCAUAAAGUGAGGACCGACAUUGCGAAGAAGCACAGAGCAGCUACUGUCAUUCAGGCAAACUUCAAGAUGUAUAAACAGCAGUCGGCCUUCAGAAGACUCCGCUGGGCCGCCUGUGUCUUACAGCAGAGGUUUAGAGCUCAGAGACAGAGUGACAUUGAUGCGAAACAAUUUCAAGAAGUUAGAAAAGCUGUUAUUAGUCUUCAGGCUGCAUAUCGUGGGAUGAAAUCCAGACAGAUGAUCAAACAAAUGCAUCAGUCUGCAAGUGUUAUUCAGAGAGCUUACAGAGCCCGCUGUGAACGCAGACGGUAUCUUACUCUGAAAUCCUGUGCCCUCAAUGUUCAGAGAAGAUAUCGGGCCAAAGUUGAAGCCAAGACACAAAGGAAACAAUAUGAACAACUACGCAAAGCAGCCAUCAUCCUUCAGGCAGUACACAGAGGACAUCAGGUCAGAAAGGAAGUAGCUCAGUGGCAUCAGGCUGCCACCUUGAUCCAGUCUGUCUUCAGAAAGCACAGAGAGGAAGUCAAGUUCCAGGCCAUGCGUCUGUCUGCCAUUAUCAUCCAGAGACGCUAUCGGGCUCUUGUUCUUCAAAGACAGGAAAGAGGAACGUUCCUGAAAAUAAAACGUUCUGCUGUCGUUCUUCAAGCAGCUUUCAGAGGUCAUAAAGUGAGGACCGACAUUGAGAAGAAGCACAGAGCAGCUACUGUCAUUCAGGCAAACUUCAAGAUGUAUAAACAGCAGUCGGACUUCAGGAGACGCCGCUGGGCCGCCUGUGUCUUACAGCGGAGGUUUAGAGCCCAGAAGCAGAGUAUCCUUCACAUGAAACAUUAUCAAGAAGUUAGAAAAGCCACCAUCAUUCUACAAGCUGCGUAUCGUGGCAUGAAAUCCAGACAACAGGCACUAGAGGCCGCUCGAGCAGAGAGGAGGCUCCGCUUCACAUCGGCAGCUUUCCAUCAUCUUAACGCCAUAAAGAUCCAGCGUGCUCUGAGAGCUCACUGGGCUUUGGAGUCAGCGAAACGACAGAUCCACUCCGUCAUCGCCAUACAGCGAUGGGCGAGAGCCAGGCAGCAGAGGAGGCGGUUCCUGGAGGACAAGAAGAAGGUGGUUGCAGCGCAGAGAGUUGUCAGAAGCUGGUUAGCCCGACGCCACAAGGCCGCGUCUGUCAUCCAGCAGGCCGUCAAGAAAUUCCUCCUCCUCAGGCGCCAGGAGAGGGUUCAGCAGGGCAUCGUCAAGGCUCAGGCUCUGUGGAGAGGACACCGCUCCCGCCGGCUGAAUGAUGACACCAAAGUGGUGAAGCUGCGCCACCGCUUACGCGAAGUCUCUGCCGGUGUCCGAGAGGAGGACAAACUGUGCAACAAGACGUCGCUGGCGCUGGACUACCUCCUUCGAUACAAACACUUCUCCUAUAUUUUAGAGGCACUAAAAAAUCUGGAAACCGCCACCAGGCUGUCCCCCGAGUGCUGUGAGCGGCUGGUGGAGAGCGGCGCCACCAACGUCAUCUUCACUUUAAUCCGCUGCUGCAACAGGAGCGUGCCGUGCAUGGACGUCAUCACCUUCUCCAUCCAGAUCCUCCUCAACCUCUCCAAGUACCACAAGACAAUCGAGGCGGUGUAUUCGGUGGAAAACUCUGUGGAGACGCUGCUGGAUCUUCUGCAGAGAUACCGGGAGAAGGCCGGGGACAAAGUGGCAGAAAAGGGCGGCAGCAUCUUCACCAAGGCCUGCUUCCUCCUCGCCCUCCUGCUGCAGGACAAGCACCGUGCUGAGGAGGUUAUGAAGCUGCCAAAGGUCUUGGACAGGAUACGCAGCAUUUACCGCCUCACUGCUCGCAAACAGAAGAUGGACACAGAAAGGACGAUAACCAAACUGAAGAUGAACGCAUCCAUCAACGGGAGCUUCUUCGUUCCCGCAACGCCCCGUAAAUCCCGCCCCGUGCCGAAAUUUGCGCCAGAGUGGGUUCUCAGAAAGGACAAGCUCAAAGACGUCGUGGACCCUCUCAGGGCCAUUCACAUGGUGGCUGACACGCUGUCCAUUGUUCUGUAAAUACACAAAGAUGAGACAAACACAAUGGGCUUACUGGAAAAUAUUUUCAUGUUUUUUUUUUUGUUUGUUUGUUUUUUUAAAUCACUUCAUUCCCUUGUAUAUAUUAAAACGAAUCUGUUUUGUUAA